AUGGCAGAGAACAAGCGCCACGGUGUCGGAGUGAAAGCACCAGCGCAGGGUCCCUCGGGUGCAGCUACGAGUGCGGGAAUGGCAGCUGCCAUGGUGCCGUUGGAAGUGGCAUUGAGCGGCGCAAUUGGCGCACGUACUGCAUCCCCCACAUCUUCUACGAUCGAGGGCACGCUAUUCACCGCCUGUCCCAUCACAAAUCUCGUUGCUAUCAAUACAGCCGACGGCAAACAGACACAAGCGGGCGAUUACCGCAUUAUCCCCGUAUCGCGGAUCCAGUCAUUCCAGCUCCUGUCUCUUGCUCCAAAUGCCAACUCCCCCGAAGGGCCCUCCUUCUCCGAUGCCGUACCUCCGGUGCAUGCGCUGGACAUCCGAGCCUUGAGGGCUCGAGAGGCCAGUGCUAUUGCUAAAUUGCACGAGAGCGAGGCGCGGCGUGGAAAAGGUGUCACGAAGGAGGCACAGGAGAUCUUCGAUGCCUUUAGUCGCACAAUGCCGGCACGAUGGGACGGUCCCAACAUUGUCGUGGCGGACGCCGUCACUAUUGCGCCUCCUUACCAUGUGGACGAUUGUCGAUCAAUCGUGGCCGGUGAUACGGCUGCUCUGACCAGAGUGCGCAAAGUGCUUGAAAUGGAGCGCAAGAAGAUUGAGCUUCGCAGUGCCAGUACGACGAUCGGCACGGCAGGGGCCUUUUCACGCUCUGCAUCGGUCAAGGAUACCCGGAACUCAGCUACCGCAAGUCCUUCACCGGGGCCUGGUGCUGCUGGACAGAGGAAAGGGGGUUAA